AUGGGCUUCACGGUUUGGAAUGAUAAUAUCAUAAUUCUUGGAGGAAAAGGAGGACACGAUGGUGCUAUACUUGAUAAAGCUUUGAUGUACAACAUUACCACUGGUUGUAGCUCACUGCUUCCCAACAUGAUGAAGAAGCGAUGUGGUUGCACAGCAGUUACAGUUGGUGAUAACGUGUUUGCAGUUGGCGGUUUGGGAGAUGGAACUGGGCUGGAUUAUCUCAAAUCAUUGUUUGCUGUUCAGCUUUCUUCGUAUUUAUGUGUUCAGUUCCCAUUGCAAAAGGCAUUGGAUGUUGCCAAGUAUGUCAUCAGUCGUUUGACGUCAUUAUGCGAAGCGUUGCCGGGAGACAGGUGUGCAAAAUUCUUCAUUCCUGCUUGUGAAUGCUUGCCACGAUUCUGUAGAGCAUUUCCUCCACUUUCCGUGGAUACGUCAUCAUUGUUAUUGUUGAUUGGUCAGCUUGCAGCGUCACGUGCUGCUGAGACUUGUGACGACGAUCUAGAUCUUUCUCGUUAUUAUAACAUGAUUCAAGAUUUCCACAAGAAGACAACAGAAAACAGUGAAGUAUUGUUUGAUCAUGGUUUUGUUGAGCACGAGAAUGGUGUAAUAAAUGACAAAACGUUACAUUCCCUUCAACAUGAUGUUGUACCUCGUUCAAAACAUGUCUUACUUUAUGAAGUAGUGUGUAAAACAUUCAAACAACUAGUGAGUGCAUGUAUUUUGGAGAAAUAUGGCUUUACGACAGAAUUUACCGAUGUUUACCAAAAUACUCGAACUUCUUUGUAAUGAAACGUAUUUCAUAUGAAUGUAGGAAAAUGUAGAAUUGAACAAACAUUUUAAACUUUAGUUAUUCUGGAAAUGAUCUCAAGAUUUUUGUCGUUUCUUCCCCACGUUUAUUCAUAACUCGAAUGUUCUAAGCCAUUCUGCAUUUUGGCUAUUUUCCACAAACUAGAAUAAAGUUUCUAUGUUCAGCUAUAAUCUACCAUCUUUCCAAAAUAAUUUUGAAAUUUUGCCCUGACGAAAUGACAGCAUUUAAAAAUGUACUUUGUUGAUAGUAUACGCACCUUAUCAAAUAAACGCUUCACAUAUGUG